UGCCCCUGCGCGUACCAGGUGCAGCUUCUUCGCAGGAAACAUCGAGUGAGCCGCUCACCACUGAGGAGACCAUGGAGGUGCCCCACUGGAACCAGGGGCCGAUGCACGAGGCCAAACCCAGGAAGGUGAGGUUCAAGCUGGCCUCAUCCUACAGCGGCCGUGUGCUCAAGCACGUGUACGAGGAUGGCCAGGAGCUGGAGAGUCCUGGUGAGACGUACCCCCACAGCUUCAUCCACGCCGAGCUCCCCCGACACCUGCACGCCGAGCAGCUGUGUGGCUUCGAGGAGGUGCAAGAACUCCUCGCCAAGAGGAUCAACAUUUACCGGGGGACGGGCGGCUACGCGCCCCUGUGCUACGAUGAUCUUCAAGACGGCGAUGACAAAGAGCCGGUUUUAGACUUUGGAAAGAUCAUCAUCUACACGAACAACCUGAAGAUCAUCCGGGGUCCACAGAAGAAAGCCGAGACUAGCAGAAGCCACCAUCGUGCCCGGGGAGAGGGAGGCGAGUCCUCGCCAGGUCGUGAGUCCCGGGCCAAGGGGAGGCACAGAGCAAGAAAUGCCCGCACCGAGGAACACAGUCCUACAACUAAACAAAAGGCUCCCAUGAAGGAGGUGGGCGGCUGCGAGCAGUGUGGAGGAUCAGGCAGCGCCCCCUGCUCCGUGUGUCACGGCAGCAAGCUGUCCAUGCUAGCCAACCGUUUCAACGAGUCCAUCCGAGAGCUGCGCUGCCCAGCGUGCGACGCCCACGGCCUGGAGCGCUGCCAGUCGUGCGGGAAGUAGCUAACUCAACCCGCUUGCCGCUGCUUUCAGCGAAGGUCCUCAGCGGCGCCGACAUCAGACGACAGCGUUUGAACGGGACGACGGGAACGGAACGAAGCAGGGGAGUAUGCAUGUGGUGUAUGAGAACCCAACAGAAAAUAUCAGGCAGUAGAUGAGGUUUGAAGUUUGUAUCAAAUCUGUGGCGAAAUGGGUUAAUAUACUGAUAAUACUAAUAAUAGAGAGAUAAACUGAGGGCUUAUUGAGGAAAGCAUUUUGUUAUACACAGUUGCCCAGUUUAUGAUGGAAAGUGAAAACGCAGAGGACUUACUUCAUGAUUUGCAUUUCUGUAGCAAAACACAAUGAAGAUGGAAUAUAAAAUGAAAUGUGUUCAGUCUGACAAAGCAGCAUAUGUUAAAUAAUAUUCAUCCCUGCUUGUGUACGGAAUAAGAUUUUGAGUGUGACUCCGGUAAUGCAAUGUUGGUAGAAAAUGGAAUAAAAUUUUAAGUAUGUAAUUGUAGCCAUUAUACAGGUUUUAAAUGGCAGAAGUGUUUGUGGUUUUCUAAGUGCACUACAAUUAAAAUGCUUAUAUCAAUUAUGGGUCUUCCUUCUACAGUAGGUCUUGGCAUAUGAAACAGCUGUAUGGACCUAAUGGCAUCUGUUUUUAGCGCAUCUUAAGUUAUUACUUAUGACAGCUGAAAUGAUUAUCAGGGAUUGUUAGUGAUAAAGAUAUGUUUUAGUUUUUCCAAAAGGAGAAAGGCAGAAGGAUGUAGCCCAUCAAAUUGCAAGGGCUGUAUUAGUGACCCUGUUAUUACAUUUGGCUAGACACAGAAAUGUGUUUCUGACACUGGCAUUUAUAUAUGAAUGUACAAUCUGUAGUUACAUUGGGACCUGCUGCUUUAUUAAAACACAAGCAAAUAAAC